UAACAAGUUCACCGGCAGGCUGCUUGGAGAUAGUAACCAAAAUGGGAGGCGCCCGGGUGGUGUCACGGCGCAUGAUCCGGCCGGAGUUCACGGCCGGCUUGCACAACAGCGAGCUGCCGCCGCAGCCUGAGACGGUCCAUCUGACGCCGUGGGAUCUCCGCCUGCUCACCGUGGAGAACAUCCAGAAGGGCAUCCUCCUGCCGAGCCCACCCACCGGCGGCGAGCUUUUCGUCGAACACCUGGCGUCGUCGUUCGCCCGCGCCCUGGGACGUUUCUACCCUUUCGCCGGCCGCCUCGAGGUGGACGACGGAGCCUCGCCUGCGGACAGAAUCUCUGUCUCGCUGUGCUGCAACCACGAGGGCGCUGAGUUCGUCCACGCCGCGGCGCCCGACGUCGCCGUCGCCGACAUCUUCGCCUCGCUGUACAUCCCGAGGGUGGUGUGGUCCUUCUUCCCGCUCAACGGCGUGGUCGCUGCACACGCUGCGACGGACUCCCUGCCGGUUCUAGCCGCGCAGGUCACCGAGCUGUCUGACGGCGUGUUCCUCGCCAUGUCUGUCAACCACGUCGUCGGCGACGGCACCAAUUUCUGGGAGUUCAUGAAUACAUGGUCGGAGAUCAGUCGAAGUGGCGGUGGCAAACCGGAGAUAUCGCCGUCUACAUGGCCGCCUCUGGUGGUCAAGAGGUGGUUUCUGGACACCUGCACGGUGCCGAUCUCGCUGCCGUUCGCCAAGCUCGAGCACAUCAUCGCGCGAUGCGAGCACUCACCGUCACCGGUGCAAGAGUGCUUCUUUUCUUUCACCGCGGAGAGCAUACGGAAGCUGAAGGCGAAGGCGAACGACGAGAUGGGCGGCGCCGUCGCCAUCUCCUCCCUCCAGUCCGUUGUGGCGCUCGUGUGGCGGUCGCUGUCGCGAGCCCGGGGCCUCGCGCUGCGCCAGGAGACGGCGUACGUGCUGGUGGUCGGGUGCAGGGGGCGCGUGGGCGGCAUCUCGGCGGGGUACAUGGGGAACGCCGUGGUGCCUGGCGCGGUGAGGCUGCCGGCCGGCGAGAUCCUGGAGAAAGGGCUGGGGUGGACGGCGUGGCAGGUGAACAGGUACGUGGCGUCGUUCGACGAGGCGGCCAUGAGGGAGGCGCUUGCGUCGUGGCCGCGGCAGCCGGACUUCUUCACCGUCGUGAGCCUGCUGGGCGGCGCCAACAUCAUCACGGGGAGCUCGCCGCGGUUCGACGUGUUCGGCAACGACUUCGGGUGGGGGAGGCCGGUGGCCGUGCGGAGCGGCGGCGCCAACAAGUUCGACGGGAAGGUGACGGUGUACGAGGGGCCGGACGGCGCCGGCAGCAUGUCGCUGGAGGUUUGCCUGGCUCCGGCCGCGAUGGUGAAGCUCCUCGCCGACGAGGAGUUCAUGGCCGCGGUCACCACGCCGUGACGUGCACCCGUGCACGUACGUACGAUGUAUCCAUUUGUCAGUAGAAAGAUGAUGCAAUUCUUCAACAGCGAGAGCCGAUAGAUGCAGAAACAUCACCGGCCAGCUGUCAUUGCGUUUGUAACAAGGAUUAUGUCGUUCUCAAAAUUAGAAUGAAUUUCGUAUGA